AUCAAUAGAGAGAGAGACACAGUAGAUAGAGAGAGAGAGAUCUAUAGAGAUCUAGAGAGAGAUCUAGAGAGAGACACACAGUAGAUAGAUAUAUAUAUAUAUAUUAUGGCUAUGAAGAUCACAGAAGAGCUUAGGGCAAAAGCAGAGGUGUACUAUGGAGAUGAGAUGUGCCAGGAGAAGACCAAGCUGCUUCUGAAGGAAGUGGGGCUCCCCAAUGGCCUGCUGCCUUUAAAAGACAUCAUGGAGUGUGGCUACAUUGAGGAGACAGGGUUUGUGUGGCUCAAGCAGAAGAAGAAGGUGGACCACUUCUUUGAGAAGAUAGGGAGGGUGGUGUCUUAUGCACCUGAGAUCACUGCCUAUGCAGAGAAGUCCAAGAUCAGGAAGGUCACUGGGGUCAAGGCCAAGGAGCUCCUGCUCUGGAUUACGAUCAACGAGAUCGCCGUCGACGAGCGCCCCACCGGUAAGCUGGUCUGCAGGUCCACCGCCGGCCUCUUCCGCACUUUCCCGACCUCCGCGUUCGAGGUCGCGGAGAAGGACAAGGAGAGGAAGGAGGAUCAGGUGAGUGCGAGCAGCGGUGCCGCUACCGGCACCACCACCACUACUCCUGCUGCCCCUGCUGCUCCUCCUGCUGCUGCUGCAGCACUGGAGAAAUGAGUAUAGUGCUACGUACGCACGCAUGCGGUGCGCGAAUUUUAAAGCAGCGGUAUAUCGGGAGAAAUGAGUAGUGCUGCGCAUGCAUGCAUGCAUGCAGUGCACGAAUUUUAAAACAGUGAUAUAUUGAGCAGUGCUGCGCAUGCGGUGCACGAAUUUUAAACCAGUGGUAUACAGGGGCUGAUCCUUGUAUGAUUAGGUUACUAUAUGAUUUGGGCUUCUAUUAGUGUUUUGGGAUAGCUUAUAAAUUAUAUGAAGGGAAUUUAAAAUGUGGGAUAUAUAUAUAUAUUUAUGUGCAUGUGCAUUAAUGUAGUGAUCUCUUUUGAUUUAUUAAGAAGAAAAUGUUGGGUAUUUUUAGGUGGUAAUUAAAUGUGUCUUCUCUAGAGUCAUUGUCACAUGACGGAUGCUUUACCAUAAUAAGUUACUCUAUUUAUUUUUUAUUU